AGCAGUCACGGUCUCCCUCACGCUGUGUGCGCGCAGCGCCUGCACCGAUCGCUCCGCUUUGGAACUAAAAAGUCCACUUUGCAUGAACCUGCAUACCUCUGCUGCUCUCCUCUUGGCAGAGUCUUCUGUUUUCUGCUGUGGCUAUUUUUUUUUUCUUCAUCGGGACCUGUGAGUCGUGAAGCAGCGGGAGUCUCCUGGAAACUUUUGCCAUCAUGAGUAAACGAACGGUCAACCUUGAUACCUACAGCCUGUCGCUGCUCACGGCCAAAGAGGACAUCCUCAACCCCCGCUCCUCCACCAACUGGGCAUUAUUUACAUACGAUGGCGUUUCCAACAAGCUCAAACUGGCUGACUCAGGAGUGGGUGGUGUGGCAGAGCUGGCAGGCAAGUUUCACAUCUCCAAGCCUCAGUAUGGAUUGUGCAAAGUGGGAAGUAUAGAGACAGGAGCCCCCCGGAUUGCUAUGAUCAUAUGGUUCGGCCAAAACGUGGAGGAAUACCGAAGGACAGAAUGUACCGGCCAUAUUCCAGACAUCAAGAGCUUCUUCAAGGAAGCUCAUGCUUUCGUCAGAGCAGAGAAGGUGGAAGACGUGACAGAGGAGAACAUCAGAGCUGAGCUCAGCAAAGUCCAGUCCCCUGCUCCCACACAGUGGGUGAGAAGGAGCUCGAGGUCCGCGGACAAGGAGGAACUCGUGGGUACAAACUACAGAAAAACUAAUGCGGCAAUGGAGAUGAGAAGAAUAAACAGAGACUCUUUCUGGGCACGUGCAGAGCGUGAGGAGGAAGAGAGAAAAGAAGAAGAGAGGAGAAGAGCCGCAGAGGAGAGACGGCAGCUUGAGAGAGAAAGAGUAUUGAAGGAACGGAAGGAUGCAGAAGAGAGAGACAGAAAGAUGAACGAGAAACUACAGAUGAUUGAGGAGCAGAGAAGAAAACAGGCGGAAGAAGAAGAGCAAAUGCGUAGAAAAGAGAAACUGAGAUGGGAGGAGCAACAGAGGGAACACGAGGAAGAUAUGAGGGCUCGUUUGAAAAGGAGCGAGUCCAUAGAGAAAGCAGCAGAGGCGGCAGCGUUAGUGUCCCAGCGGUCAAUGAACCCCCGGGAGUUCUUCAGGCAGCUGUCAGCAUCGUCACAGAGUCCCACGAGUCCCGGAUCCUCCCGCUCCGGUAAACCAUUCAGACGAUACCAGCGCAGCCUGACAGAUACAGCCUUCAUCUUCUCCAAAGCAGAAGAGCGCUCAUCCUCCUCCUCCUCCCAGCACACCUCCCCCCUGGUUUCUCCCUUCUCCCGUGCCCCUCCAUCCCCCAGUUUCCGUGCCACGUCUCCUCCGACGAGCCCCGAUUUCCGCCCGCUUGCCUCUCCACAGAGACCCAGAGCCCCCGUGUCCCCGCCGACGUCCCCUCCCCGCCCCGCCGCCGCCCUUCCAGCCCUGCCCAGCUUCACGCAAACCAACAGCCGAGUGGAGCCCCGGGCCGCGUCGCCCACCGAACCCUCCGCUCCGCCAGCCUCCCCCACCCUCCUGGCCUCCUUCUCUCCCGGUUUAGUAAAAAACAACCUCUCUCGGGCUCAGUCGGAGGCCUUGGCUGAUUUGCCUGCGAACAUCCAAAGCCACUUUGAGCGUGAUUUCCCCCCACAGGCUCCCACCGCUCCUCUUCCAGAGAAUCCACAAUCUAUUACAGACCUCAACACACUCAGCCACGUGCACACUGAGCUGGUCUCAGACAUCGGAUACAAGGUACAGGCUGUCCUGGUGGAGGAGGACGAAGAAGAGGAAGACGAGGAGCAGCACGAGGAGCACAAGUCCGAAACAGUAGCGGAGGUUUGUCCUGAGCAGCCUGAGGAAGAGGAGGAGGAGGAGGAGGAAGAGGAGGUCAAAGAGGACGAGGAUGAAGAAAAGGAUGAAGAAAAGAGGGAGCAGGAGGACGGUGAAGCGGAAACAUUAGGAGAGGACGGAGAGCCCGCGUCGCCAGAGGAACCGGUGGAGAUGAGUCAGGAUGAAGAGGAGGUGAACGAAGGUGCAGAUGAAACUGACCAGUCAGAGGAGAGUCGUGUCACGGCGGAGUUGGCCCAGGUUUCAGAGACGGAGGAGUCGCUCACAGACGCAGAGCUGAUUUGUCAAGAAAUCAAACAUGAGACUGUGAUCCUGUCAACCAACGGGAUUUUGAAUGGAGAAGACACAGACAAGCAGAACGGCAUAGUGCGGUCUUUAAGCCCCUCUGACACAGAGCUGAGCACACCCGAGCUGACGGGCUGCUACAAUCUGCACGGCACCGCAGAGGAGGAGAGCUCCACAGAGGAGAAGGACCAGGACGUCUCCGAAAACGAACAAGAGGGUUUAGCCGAGCGGCAAUUGUGCGUCCGAGCUCUGUAUGACUACCAGGCAGAGGACGAAUCCGAGAUCUCCUUUGAGCCGGGGGACAUCAUCAAGGAUGUGGAGACGGUGGACAAAGCCUGGUGGAGGGGGUGGAGCAAAGACGGCCGCCAAGGCCUUUUCCCCGCUAAUUAUGUUGAAACCAUAUAGGCAGUCUGACACACACACACACUCACACACACACACACACACACACACACACACACACACACACACACACACACACACACACACACACACACACACACACACUCAGGGACACCAUCUCCCGGUGCGUUUAUGCAUGUUUUUACCUUAAUCCUCCCACUGAAACUUUGUACUCUCUCUAUUUUGUAGGUAGGAGAAAAAAAAAAAAAACAUGACUCCCUGUUUUGUAGAGAGCAUAAAGAAAAGAGUGACUCUCUAUUUUGAUGUUUUUUUUGUUUUGUUUUCUGAAAAACAAAAAUCCUCUCACAAGUAUGUAAAAAUUAUCCAGCCUCAUUUUCUUAGCAAAAAAAAAGUAGCGAAGACUUUUUUCUGGACCAAAAUAACUUAUUUUUGCUUUUGAGAUACAGUAGAAGUGUCGGUGGGAGUGAU